AUGGGUGGCGACCUCAAUCUCAAGAAAUCAUGGCAUCCGGUGCUCAUGAGCAACCAGAAAAAGGUGUGGGAAGAGGAACAAAAGGCUCUCGAAGAACGCAAAAAAAUCGACCAGAUCAUGAAAGAGCGUGCAGAGGAACGUCAAAUCCAAGAACUUGAAGACUUGCAGGCAGCGGCAGGUGGUGCGAAAAGACAGUCUCGUGUCGAUUGGAUGUAUUCUGGUCCAUCUACUGGAGAGGCCGGUACGACCGAGGAAAUGGAAGGUUAUCUAUUGGGGAAGAGAAGGAUUGAUGGUCUCUUGAAAGGCACAGAAAAUCAGAAGUUGGAGAAAUCGGCUAAGGAAGAUUCAUUUUUGGCAGCGCAAAAUGCAAACACUUUGAGGGACACUGCUAUGAAAAUACGUGAGGAUCCCAUGUUGGCUAUCAAGAAGCAAGAGCAAGCGGCUUACGAUGCCAUGAUGAACGACCCUGUCAAGCGCCGUUUGUUACUGAAAGCUGCUGGAAAGGUUGACGAACCAGAACGCGAUCACAAACGAAGAAAACAUCAUCACUCUCGCCACCACCACCGCCACUCCAGAGACGAUGGGGAACGAGAUGAAGCCAGAGACAGACGCAGCCGCAGCCACCGCGAUCGGGAUGGAGGCAGGGACAGGCAUAGGGACAAGGACAGGGAGAGGCGCAAGGAUCGGGAGGAAUUUUCAAGACACUACACUCGUCGCGACAAGGACGGCGAUGGCUACGAUCGCAGCGACCACAGAAGACGGAGGUCCAAUACUUCUUCAGCCUCCAGAUCACGCUCUCCGCCACGUCGCGAGGAGCGAUCGCAGCGGUCCAGGUCUCCCUACAGAAGACGCGGAUCCCUCUCAAGAGACGAGGACCGGAAACCGCGAUCUCGUUCGCGAUCAUAUUCUCCACCUCGAAACAAUGGCCACAGCAAUGGUGUCCGCAAGACGAAGAGUUGGCAUACUUCAAGACCCGAACGACGAAGGUCACCCAGUCCAAGCGGGCAGCAAAACGGAGAUGAUCGGGCCGCUAAACUCGCAGCCAUGCAGCAAGAUGCCUCGGAGCUCGAUCUCCAACGAGAACGGAGACUUGCAGAUAUCGCUGAACGAGAUAGACAGCAGCAUGAGCGCGAUGAAGCCUCAAGAGCGAAGAAUGCCAGAUAUGGCGGACGAGCAGACUUCGUCAACAGUUUCCACAAGAAAGCUGGCGAUAUGACUCUCAGUCAACGAAUGGGAAGGGCUGGCGUGUCAAAUCGAGAGGACGGUGAUUGA